AAAGUCUGUGCUGCAAAGCAGAUAUACCGUAGACGUAAAGAAAAGAGAGAUCGUUAAAACACGCCACCAAACGAAAGGGAAAGGUGAACAGGUGGAGAAAGUGACCACGCUAGCAUGGGAGAGUUGCUGGUAUUCACCUCCAGAGCCUUGAACUAGAGGUACCUAGGGCCACCUUGCCAUCUCAGUAGGGUCAUGGAAUCACAUGGCUUUUUUCCCCCAACUCUCACAUGUUCAACCUUAUUUAAAGCUCACACCGAACCUACGCAUUCUUCCAGUUCUAGCAAUAUGUGUAAAUAAAUGUCAGGUGAGCGUCUCCCUGAUGCGAACAGCCUUGUGAAAUCCAGUUCUGCCACCACUGCUCCAAAUUGCGGGUGGUGACCAGGUCGUUCCUCACACACGUACCUCAGUAUAGCUCAGCUGUUGUCAUACUGAGAACAACCUCGACUCCUCCUAGUGACAAUGAAACUGGUGUUGUCAGUGCUGUUGGUUGUGGUGGUAGCAGCCUCGGCCAGGAUGGCAGGGAAGCUGCCUGGAGGCUUCCGUAUCGAGCCAGGAUUCUCCUGCCAGGAUCGUGAGUAUGGCUUCUACGCCGAUGUAGAGAACAACUGCCAGGCCUACCACAUCUGCCAGCCUGUGUACGACGAGGCAGAACAGCUGGUGGAGGUAGCACACUUCACGUUCCUCUGCGGCAAGGACACCAUCUUCAACCAAGAGCAGCUCGACUGCACCCACCCGAAGGAAGCCUUUCCCUGUGCUGACGCCGCCUCCAUCUACGAGGACUCCAACCUUCAGUUGCGCCUCGAAUAUAACGGGGUGGCCACCACCAUAGCACCCUUGCAGUAACGCCUAAGUGGAGCUUGGCCCUGACGACCCCUUAUGUGCCCUUGGAAUUACCGUUGCUUAUGUGAUACGACUGUACACACUGCGACUCCCGUAUCUCGCGUCUCUGUCAAUAUUUGCUGACUUUGUCCACUCUAGCAAAGUUACUGAAAAGAAUGAAAAAAGUCACUAUACAGUGACUUGGAUAGUUUACAAAUAACCCACAGAAGAUUAAAAGCCGCAACACCGUGGCUGGAGUAAUACACAACUAACUCCACGCAAGAAUAAAAAUCUACAACACCAUGGAUAGAACAAUUUCCAAGACCCACAAAAGGAUAGAAACCACAACACCGGGGCUGGAACAAUUCACAACUAACCCACAGAAGAACGUAAGACACAACACCGGGGCUGGAACAAUUCACAACUAACCCACAGAAAAAUAUAAGACAGCACCGGGGCUGGAACAAUUCACAAGUAACCCACAGAAGAAUAUAAGACACAACACCGGGGCUGGAACAAUUCACAACUAACCCACAAAAGAAUAUAAGCCACAGCACUGUGGUUGGAACAAUUCACAACUAACCCACAGAAGAAUAUAAAACAACACCGGGACUGGAACAAUUCACAACUUACUCACAGAAGACUAUAAAACACAACACCGUGAUUGAAACAAUUCACAACUAACCCGCAGAGGAAUAAAAGCCACAACACCGAGGCUGGAACAAUUCAUAACUAACUCACACAUGGAUAAUGGUCUGGUACUGUCUUAAUCUUUAAUAUACGGAGAUAAUGGUGUAAACAUUACAACCCUUGUGUUUCAUGCCUUUUCCUUUAUUUAUUUACCUUGUCCACCUCUCACCAUCAUCAUCACAGGGUGUGUGUGUGUGUGUGUCAGUAAAGCUUAGUAUUAUUUCUAUUCUU